AUGGACUAUAGUUCAACUGCAAAAGCGCAGGAAUCAGCGUUGAUCGAAAGAAAAGAUCGCAUAGCUCAGUUCGCUAGUGCGCAGAAAAACAAUCAAUCGGGCUUAAUUGAUAAGUAUUACAAUUACUGGGCAAAUCGUUUAGGAGUGCAAUCCAUACAAUGUCGGAGAUUAGCGGAAUUGUUCUCGCAAGCGGUCGAUGCGCCGAAAACUGGACAAAAGAUUCGCGUUCCAGCGGAAUUAAAACCACCAAGAAGCGAAGAAUCAUCGAAUACAACCACCGCAGGAAGCAACACAGCUGAAGGAAAAGAAUAUGUUUGGAUGAAAAUGUUGAAUAAUGCGAAGAAAUUUCGUGAUGAAUUUCAAACGAAAUUACUUACUGAAAAUCGAUAUACAGGUCUAUCCAAGACAACAUUAUUGAACAUGUUCUACGAACGGCGAUGUCCAGCAUUAUUAACUUACAACAAUACUCAAUCAUUGAAUGAAUAUGAGUUGAUCAUCUCAACAAUAAAGUGGAUUAAUGAGCAGCAAGAUUCCGAUGAACUUCUUCGAACUUUCAUCUAUUUGUUCGAUUUCAGUCAACUAACAAUGAAACAAAAACAAGACAUCGAAUUGUCUUUGAAAAUUCCUCGAGUAUAUUUAUAUGCAAUCUUAAAUAAAUCAAAAAUUUUAUCCAAUGAACUCAUCGACAAGUAUCAUUUGUCUCAAACGCCAUCAUCUUGGAGAUUAUUCUACACUUCUCCGAAAUUAUUUCAAAUGGAAUCUCAAAUUGAAUAUGAACAAACAUUUCAACCGAUGAUUUAUGUUUUAAAACAGAAUUCUUCACAUGAAAGAACGUUAAUUUGUAUUUCAAUUAAUGAUACCAUUACAUUAGUUUUGGAUAUUUAUCAAAAUGCACUUUCUUUAGUAACUGAACAAACAAAUUCAAAUCAAUCAUCGGUUUUAUGGCAAAUUCGAGCAGGACUUUGUUUUGCAUAUCUGGAAUCAACAUUGUAUUCCAUUCGAAGAAAAUUUCAUUUCGAUAAUGAUUAUUUCAUCAAAAUAAGCGAAGAUCGUAUACAAAUUUAUCAAAAUGAUCCCCGCAAUUCAUUUAUUGUUUUCAUGUAUGACACAAAUGAUGAAAAUAAGAUAAUUAGUGUGGAUUUAACUCGAUUCGAUCGAAAUAUUUUACGUGAACGUCAACAUCCGAAAGUCAAUCGGCAUGAAUUUCAUUAUUUCGAAAUCUUUGUCUUAUCAAACGAUCAACACAUCUCGUCGAGUUAUUAUCCAAUGAUCAGUUAUUAUGAUGAAGAAUAUUUUACACAAAAUUAUUUCAAUCCGCGAGUUGAAAAUUACGAAUACGUUGAAUAUCUGACUGAACAAGAUAAAGACGAAGAAGAAAAAUAUAAGAAUGAACAAAAGCGAAUGGAAGAGAAACGAAAAGAAUUUCAAGCAGAAUUUGAAAAGAUUUCAUUGGAAAAUGCGGAGAAUUUAUUGAAAAGUUUCAUGUCAGUUCAUGACACGAAAUAUCUGUGUAAAAUAUGGAAUUAUUUAAAGGAUAAUCAUGUGGAUAUGGAAAUGAUCAAUGAGGAAAUUCUCAAUUAUUUUUUCCGAGAGAUUCACUCGAUGUUGAAUGGUUCGAUUCAUCGAUUAUCCAUCGAUGAAAGUUGGUUUCACGAUUUAAUCAUUUCCUUCAUUCAUAUUGAAAACAAAAAUGCAAAGAUUUUCAAUCAGCUCUUUCAAUCAACGAAAAAAUUGAACUCAAAACUAAAAGAUAAAAGUCAACCAUCGUACAUUCCGUACUUAGGAAGAAUAUUGCAACGUUUGUUCAAAGAGAAUUUCUACAACAUCGAUCAAUUUUACUCGAUCAACAACGAAUUCAUCUACCAUCUAUAUUUAUCGAUAUUAUUAGGAAAUAAUUACAACACAGAUGAAAUUUCCUUAAGUUAUCUUUUAGAAAUUUCUUCUUUAACAAACAUUCAAUUAACAUUGAAACAACUGAUUGAUUUAAUUCGUUCGUGUCUAAUGACGAAGGACUCGGGCAUUUGUUUGAAAUUUCUCGACAAUCUGUUAAAUCUUUCUAUGUCGAACCAAGAGCAACAUUCAACUGCGAUAAUCGACUAUAUAAAACAGUUUUUAUCGAUGAUUGUUCGAACAACGGACUCGGGCAUUUGUUUGAAAUUUCUCGACAAUCUGUUAAAUCUUUCUAUGUCGAACCAAGAGCAACAUUCAACUGCGAUAAUCGACUAUAUAAAACAGUUUUUAUCGAUGAUUGUUCGAACAACGGUUUACGAUCUCGACGAAAUCGAUAGAAGAAUUCGAUUAAAACCAGAGAUUUUGAUUCGAAAUGGCGAAACAAUUCUCAAUUUACGAGCAAAAUUCAUCAAGAAGAAAAACGAUGAAGAGGACUCACAGACGAACAAUGACGAUGAAAGUAAUGUUGAAGAAAAUAACGAGGCGAUAUUUCAAUUUGAAGAAUAUCAUUAUGAAAAAAUACCUUCGCAUCAUUUUAAUAUUGGUGAUUCAAUUGCAUUGAUUGAUCAAGAAGAGUUAAACAAUUAUCUCAGCAAACAAAAUCGAACUGAUGAAAAACCACCAUUACGUUUAUUUUAUCAAUCAUUUGGAAUUAUUUUAAGUAUUCAUCCAAUUUUGACAAUCAAAUUCCCAUAUUUUCCCAGUUCGUUAACGAAUAACAAUUAUUUAAAUCGACAAAAACUCUUCCGUUUGGAACGCUUACCGAACUUCGUCACAUUGAAUCGAUCAAUUGACGCAUUUGAAAAACUCAUUGAUAAUCAAGAUUAUCUAAUCAUUAAACCAUUGUUGAAUUUAUCUGAUGAUCUCAUCGGUGAUCAAUUGAAAAACUAUGCUGAAGAAAAGGUGAAGAAACUCGAAGAUCAAUUCCAUAAUGAUAAUGAGUACAACCAAGCAAAUUUGAACGACAGUCAACGACAGGCGAUUGAAAAUGCACUUGAAAAUCGUUUAACAUUGAUUCAAGGACCGCCAGGAACUGGAAAGACAGAAACAUCAGCAUGGAUCAUUCAUCUGUGGUUGAGAAAUUUUGCACAAGACAACCAACCGAUUUUAGUUUGUGCUGAAACACACCAAGCAGUUGAUAAUCUAACGCGACGAUUGAUUAAAUACCAGUAUCGAUUAGUUCGAUACGGAGAACCGCGAACCGUGGCUCCAGAUCUUCAUGAAUAUACAAUGCCUCGACAGAUUGAAUUGAUUCGACGUGAGAAACAAAAAACAAAUCCAAAUAUUUCAUCCAAAUCUUUAUUUGGUCCACCACGACCGAAAGAAAUCCGUGAAGUUUUGUCGAACUGUCAGAUUCUAUGCAUGACUUGCUCUGGUGUUGGAAUCUUAGAACCAUCGUUGAAAUUCCCAUUCAUUUUGAUUGACGAAGCAUCUCAAAUUACUGAACCAAAUAUUCUCAUUUCAUUAGUACGAAUUACCGACCAAAUUGUUCUUGUCGGUGACCAAAAACAAUUACCACCUAUUAUUAAAAUGACUGACGCGAAACAAUUAUUAGAACGAUCGUUCUUCCAACGUUUGUUAGAAAAUCUCCGUAUUAGCUCGAUCAUGCUAGACACACAAUACCGAAUGCACCCGAGUUUGAUUGAUUUUCCAUCGCGUAUGUUUUAUAAGAAUCUCCUACGAAGUGGUGUUACAACUAAAGAUAGACCGACGCCAAAAGAAAUCCAAUUUAUUGAUCAAAAGAUUCCAUUGAUGUUUGUUGAUGUCGAUAAAGGCAUUGAAACACUUCAGGGAUCAAAUAUUUAUAAUAAACGAGAAGUAGAGAUGGUUUGCCAAACAAUUCAAACACUAUUACCUUCACAGAAACCAGAUUUAUCUCCAAUGGAUAUUGGGGUGAUUACACCGUAUACAAAACAAGUCAAGGAGAUAGCUGAAAAACUAUUGAACAAGACUCCGAAAGGUGUCGAAGUUCGAACAGUUGAUGGUUUUCAAGGACGGGAAAAGGAGAUUAUUCUCAUUUCAUUAGUGCGAUCAAAUGACGAGAAUGAGAUUGGAUUUUUAACCAGCGAACAACGAAUGAAUGUGCUUUUAACGCGAGCAAAACGAGCAAUGAUCGUUUUCGGAAAUAGAAAAACCCUGAUGUCGAAUUCUGUCUGGAAACAAUGGAUUGAAAGUGUUCCAAAUAUCAAUGCAGAUCAAUUUAUCCAAAAUUGUUUAUCAAAGCAAGUCAAUGUACAGCAAUCUUCUUCAAAUCAUCAACCACAAUAUCGAAAUUCCCAUCGACGACAGAGAUAA